UGAAUUACCCAGUGUAGUGAGUUGUUGUCGCCGUGUGAGAGUGGAGCAGCGGCGGGGACAGCAUGUCCGCAGCGGGGACAUGGACUGGGACCAACUGGAGCUCCACCCCCGGAUCAUAGCGUCCGUUAGGAAAGUGAAACUGAAGUCUUUGAGGGAGGUGUUGUGUGUUUCUGGUCCAGACCUGCAGAGGCUCACCGGUCUGUCCCGCGUAGACGUCCAUCAGCUGCAGACCGCUGCUGCCACUGCCUGCAGACGCAGCCCCCCCACCCCAGGAGCGGUGUACGUGUGCACCGAGGACCCGUUCCCGGCGCGGCGCCUGCAGCAGCUGAUCCGGGGUCAGGGGUCUCGGCGCCGGGACGUGCCGGCGGCUCUGACCCGGUGCUCCGGGGACCGCGUCUACGUGGAGCACGCCGCCGACCUGGAGUCCCUGCAGACGUGUCUGUCCCGCCGUGUCCCCGUCCUCCUGGCUCGGCGCCACGUCCGUCUCCUGGUGGUGGACUCGGUGGCUGCGCUGUUCAGGACCGAGUUCCAGGCUUCUGAUUGGCUGGAGAGGAGCAGACAGCUGAUCAGCUGCUCACACACACUGCACACGCUGAGCCGGGAGUACAACACACCUGUUCUCUGUAUCAACCAGGUGACGGAUGUUUUCAGCUCUGAUGACAGUUUGGGUCCUGUCCCCGGCGGUGUGUCCCCGGCUCUGGGGUUGGCCUGGGCCAAUCAGGUGAUGGUUCGGCUGAUGAUGCGGCGUCUCCAGCAAACGGUUGCCCGGGGCGGCCAGAGUAGCACCCUCCGCAGGCUGGAGGUGGUGUUCGCUCCACAUCUGGCCCGGGACGGGCGAGAUGCUGCAGUCUGGAGGGAGGGCGUCCUCGGAGUGGACGGCUCGGAGACAUCAAAAAGAGACAGAUGUGUCUGAGAGGGACAGGUGUGUCUGAGAGGGACAGGUGUGUCUGAGAGGGACAGGUGUGUCUAACAGAGACAGGUGUGUCUGAGAGGGACAGGUGUGUCUGAGAGAGACAGGUGUGUCUGAGAGGGACAGGUGUGUCUGAGAGGGACAGGUGUGUCUGAGAGAGACAGGUGUGUCUGAGAGGGACAGGUGUGUCUGAGAGGGACAGGUGUGUCUGAGAGAGACAGGUGUGUCUGAGAGGGACAGGUGUGUCUGAGAGGGACAGGUGUGUCUAACAGAGACAGGUGUGUCUGAGAGAGACAGGUGUGUCUGAGAGGGACAGGUGUGUCUAACAGAGACAGGUGUGUCUGAGAGGGACAGGUGUGUCUGAGAGAGACAGGUGUGUCUAACAGAGACAGGUGUGUCUGAGAGGGACAGGUGUGUCUGAGAGAGACAGGUGUGUCUGAGAGGGACAGGUGUGUCUGAGAGAGACAGGUGUGUCUGAGAGAGACAGGUGUGUCUGAGAGAGACAGGUGUGUCUGAGAGAGACAGGUGUGUCUAACAGAGACAGGUGUGUCUAAAAUUCAGAUUUUUCUAAGCUUUUGUUUCCUUUCUCUUUCUAAAGUGGAUUAUUUGGUCUCUGUAUUUUAUAUUUUAGAGUCAAUAAAACUUUUUAAUAUUAAGAGCUGGGGUUUUUCUUCUGGUUGGAGAUCAGUAACCGUGGCGACAGCCGUCCCUAACAACCAAUAUGAGUAACUUAUGGUGCGUUUAAAUCAACUUGGUUAUU